AGACCGCAGCCGCGACCGAACGCUCGCCCCGGCCACGCGAAAACUUUUACGUCACCAAAUAACUAUAAAAACAACACAGAAAACAAACAGAAACUUUAUCUCAAACAACAUUUAUAACAAUUCUAUGUUCAUCGUGUACAGCUAGUGUUCAUAAUUCAGUUUAAUUGACUAAAGUUCAAGUAGAAAGUUGGCAUUGCAUUGACAAUCUCACAAACACAGCCUGCAUGUGUUACGCUCUUAGUUUUGUGCACAGUGCUUAUGUGGGGUUUUUGAACUGUAUCCGGAAUUUUGAAGCUGUUUGAAGACACAUCCGUCGUUGUCACGAAAAGAAACAAGCUGUUUGCGCUGUCUGCUGAAAAAAUUCUCAACAUAGCUCCUGAGGAUCCUCUAGCCGCGUCUUUUUAUAAGAUGUGACUAAAGCCCACGAUGGCAGCCACGGACGGCCAAGUCGUAGUCGCAGCAUCCCGCUGGUCUGAUGAAGGAAACUACCUCCGGGAGUACGUCGCUAAAUACCGGCUACCCAAUGUCGCCAAGAUCAUCAAGGGACAGUAUGGCGGGCUUGGCGUGCCCACUUUGCCAAGCCCUAGUCUACAGAGCACUGCCUUGCUUGUUUCUGCGGGACAAAGCAAAAAGAUUAUAGCUCAAGCCAUCAAACUUAAGGAAGGAAGACGAAUGGUCAGUGUUGGACCACGAAUCGCCAUCCCAGAGACAUACAGAGGUUAUUUCGAGCUGCUUAGCGAAGAAGGGAGGGCAGUCAGAUGCAUAGAAUCAGUAGCAGAAUUAGCUAGGAGAAGGCUUGAAGAUGGCUGUCUUGUCAGGGAACCUAUUAGAGUAAUUUGUGGUAAAACUGACUUAGAAGGUACAGUCACCGCUGACGGUGCAAGAAAUUUACCAGCCGGCGAGGUCAUUAUGCCUAGAGGGGAAACAUACUUAGGAAAAAACAAAUACUUAAAAUGUACGGAUUCCAAAGGAGACGUCGUACUUCUCAGCUUGGAUCAAAGAGGAAAAUUCUCUGCCGUCGCCAAGGAAGAAAAUAUAAGUGGAGUUCAUACUGCAAAAACAUUACUAACAAAACGGCUGCCAAUUACUGUGAGACUUGUGCAUGGUACUCCUCCUAGAGGCUUAAAAAGUUCUAGCCAUUUUGUCCCAGAAAUUCGACUCCUAUCAAUGUUCGAAGAAGAGCACGUUUUCGCCUUACCGUUACAAAAAGAAGGAAAUGCGCUAGUAGCAUUACCAUUAGCUGCACCAAUUAAAAUGUUAAGAUGCAAAAAUGAAGAACAAAUAAAAAACUUUAUGGAAUUUUCUAGACUCGUCGAAAAAUGUAAUCGUUUGUUAGUCGAAGUUGUUGAUAGAAUACACGUUUUAGAUGGGAAACUUGGCGAUCCUAAAAGGCUUUUGAAUGCUCCUCUUCAUGCGCCACCGUUACUUAAAACUGGGUACUUUUUACGGAGAAGUGCAUCUUCAGACACGGCCAAUCAACAUAAACACUUGUCUAGACAUAGCCAUAUUUAUAGUAGCCAUAGAGAUGAGAAUAGCAUUCCUGAUGAGAAUGAAGAAAUCGACCGGAUUUACGAUUACGUGCGAGGCUUCGCUCCUCUUCCGAAGAACAUAAAAGCAUCUUACACAAAUGAACCAACUCUAAAACACGAAACUGCCCCAUCUUCUCCUGCAGCUACGCCUAUCCAUAUGCCUUUAAUAACAGAGAUUAAACCCGAGCCACCUCCGAUAGAAACCAUUCCAUCCAAAAACCUCAAUCAGAAAGCAGAAAAAAGGACGCGUAAAACUGCCGUAACCACAAAAGAAGUUCCCAUAACAGUUUAUAAAGAAAAAUGUUCCAUCGCCCCGGCGCCAAACCUCCCUAAAUUGUACAUCAAAAACGGUAUCAGUAAUAAUAAAAGUAGGAUGGUUUUUAGACAGAAAAGCAACUCACCGACUAAAGAGUCACCUAGUCCUAUAGCUAGUCCAAUCAGACCAUUAACGAAAGGCGAUUCCCCAAUCUUCAAUAUUAGGUAUAAGAGUCUUUCAAACAUUCAUCAAGCUAUGGAACUUGAUGGCACCCUAGAUUCGAGCCACUCAGGAGGUCGGACGUCCGGGGACUCGGGGAAUGGGCCCAAACUUCCCGAAAAGAGAUCAAGGAAACUAAGCAGGCCUAAAUCACUUACCAAUCUGGUUUGGGAGAUGAAAGGUUGCCCGGUAGAGACAGUUGACAAGCCGAAGGUUCGGAGUAAAAAUGAAGGGUACAAGAAGAUCGGAAAUAAGUUGUCCCUAGGAGCACAGAAGAGGGUACCGACGUUGUAUCUCUAAUUUCUUGGGUGCAAUGAUGAAGAUCUUCGAAAAUUAGCAAGACAAGUAUCUCCGCCGGACUGAAGAGCACCUCAACACUCGAGCAAAGACCAAGAACAAUUCUAUACAGCUAAAGCAGAUGGAACCUUAAAUCUGUACCUCACACCGUGACCAGAUAGUCAAGCGCUCACUUUUAAGUUUUGACUGGCUGUUGACCAGAAAAUGCGUUAAAGUACGCAUUUUCUGGUCAACUGUCAGCUCACCUCAGGUCAGCUGUCAACUUUUGAGCUACAAUAUUUUGCACUACGCCUCUUACUAUACUUUUAUUUAUGAUUUGACCUGUAAAAUAUGUAUAUAUUUUGUAUUUUCCCAUUGAAAGCGAGUCCCUAGAUACCGAUAGAUACUAGAUACAUACAAAACAGAUAUACAAAGAGUCAUCUAUUGAGCUCCAGGGUCGAUCAUCUUCACUUACCUUCCACUAAACAAUAAAUGCUGGUUCCUCCCAAUCAAUGCAAAUCAUACAUUUAUAUUUUCGAACGAACGACUUUAACUUCACAGAAAUCGGUGUGAAGUACACACUCGCUUAUUUUUUUCUUUGUUAAAUAUAAUUCAUUAUAUUCCGACAAAGUUAAAGUUUGUAGGAGCUGAAGUAGCAAUACAGAAUUAUUGUUACAAUUUUGUUAAAUAUUUAAGUACUCGUGCAUCGAAUUCGUUGACAAGUAAAACGUUCUUUAACAUCCUGCUAGUGUAUUAAUAACUUCAACACAUAUAAAUAUUUUACUAAUCAACUUUACUAAUCAGUUCAUGUAUAAGAAUAUUGGAAAUUGUAACUAAUAAUAUCAAUUUCAACGUUAUUUUACAUGGACUUUUUUAACAUUAUUUAAAGACCAUAAGGGAGUCCAAAAGACGACCAGAUGGGGAAACUCGAACAAUUAGAUUAUUAUUUUAAAACGUAGCAACAGAGAUAUAUUUAUUAUUCUGAUUCCAUUAUAUUCAGAUAGAUAUUGUUAAGCGAUAUUCUUACAAAUAAAUAGAACAUUACAUUACAAUACAAGUGCAGAAAAGGAAUCUCGAAACGAGUGGAGAUAAAUAAAAACAUCCCGAAGAGAGUGUUUUAAGUCGACACGAGUUAUAAAUUUCCUCUUCGCACGUAUAUUGUAUGACGUAUUUCAGUACAUACGACCCUUUGAAGAUUCGACAUAGGCACUUAAAGUAGGUACCACUUCUCACAGUAGUGCGAUAAAGUACCACCAUAUGUAACAGAAAUAAAUAAUUCACUCGAUUUCAGUACCGUUUUAAAUAAAUUGGUCAAUAUCUGUUCCAAAUCUCGUGUCUCCUGGACUCCCCAUCGGUCAAAAGCUUUGCAAAACGUGUGUUUGAUCUCUUUAUGGAUAAUAAUAAUUGUUAUUUAUGAUUUUAAUGCCAUAUUACGGUAUAAUUUUCCCUAGUUAGUAAGUUAGGGUAAGAAACCUAUUUUUUUACUUACAAAAUGCACCAGAAAAAUCGACGUAUUCUCGUAUUUGACUAUAAGGAAAAUACUGACCAUGUUUUUAUGUUUGUUCACAAGUAUAUUCUCAAGAGUUGGUACGAAAUAGGAAUGAGUUAACGAAAUAUGUACACUGAGAGAAAAUACAACCAGUUUUCAUGUUCGUUCAACAAGUUUUUUGGUUAAAAUAGCGCCUACGUGCUCUUUGGUUCAAACAACAAGCUACUUGUCAUUUGAAUCGGCAAUAUAU